AUGAGCGCCUUACCAAGCCCGGAGCAACUAUGGCGAAUCGGAUUGAUCUUAGUAGCCGCCACUGUACUUUAUGCCCUUGUCAACAAAGCAUGUGGAAAACCAUACUUGACCGGAAUAAUGCUGCGAGGUCGAAAGAACUCAACAGCAAGAACACCACCACGAUCCUUCUCCCCAGAAAAGACAGCAACAAGCCCAAAACCGCCUUCCACCUAUGCAACCGCUUUGCCACCCCAACGCAGAACAGCCCUAGCCGAUAUCAAAUGUGCGAAUGCGCCGUAUACCGACGUCAGCGAAGACGAAGUCCAUCGCAACAUCCUGCCCAUGAGCGCCGACUACCGGUCAAGCCCAGGUAACAAGUAUACUCCAAUGGGAUUUUCCGUCGAUGAAGUCAGAGCCCUCGGGGAUUUCCCGGACUAUGCGACUUUGAGUGGAGUGCCACUUCCCAGCUCAUAUCCCGACUUUGAUAUUGAGAAGGCACUGCCUCGACCUUAUCGUCCUUUCAGAUGGGCAUAUCACCAGACUAUGUCGUUAACAAAACUCGAGACUGACUGGUGGAUCGAGCUCGAAAGCACAUAUAAGAAGCGAAUUGCUCAGCGCAAAGAAUUGUAUGCAACAAGGGGCAAAGAAGUACUCGACUCUAUGCCAGGAUCUGAACUGGCCUGCAAGGAGAUCAUGGAAAUGGUUUUGCAGUUUAUUUGUUCUCGCUAUCCGCAGUAUUUCACUCUUGUGGAUAACCGCAUCCUUCAUAACAAGAUCCUCGGCACGGAGCAGGAUGUAACAGCUAAGCCUCCGUUGGAAGUCUUGCUCGAUAAUGUGCCUGAAGAUUUCGGCAUCAUGCUUCGUGAUGACACGACGGGAUAUUACUUCCUGCGCGCAGGGUUUAUUUGUUCGUCGUUGGGUUGGAAUGUUGCAACUAAGGUUGGGAAACAGUUGCAUGAGAUUCAUGAAACUAUUCCAGAUUAUAAGGAGAAGAUGCAGUUCUCCAUGGACCGGUUCUUCACCAAGAUGCCAGCCGAGAAGCCAAUUCAGCGAGGAUCCUGGGGGCUGGAAAUCGGCCAGCCACUGUAUAUGCCACCAGACGAUCCGCAUGAAAAGCUUCGUCUUUCUCAACAGCCUGAUCUUGCGCUUGACGAGUGCCAUCUUCGGGUAGAUUGGCAGACCCUGAGACGGCUGCCCUUGUCAGGUGCUGUUGUCUUCAAUUUCAAGGCCCUUUUCACUCCUGUCACGGAAUUUCGCGAUGAACCCGGGGUGCCGGCUUUGCUCACAAAGGUCCUUACGGAGGGAAAGAAGAAUCUGAUGGAAUACAAGGGUGUUUGGCACGUGCAACAUGUGUUGCUACCUAAUUUGAAGGAGUGGGCGAAGGAGCAGGAGGAGGAAGGCUUGGUCUCAAAGGAUUGGGAGGUCGCUACUCUGGAUGAUAGUCCGUGGUUUAAGGGGUGGCAGGAAAAAUGGCAUCGGCAACAAGGAUUUUAG